AGCCGCUCGGUUGUCAGGUGCCGUGAUUCCCAGCAGCCCGGAUGUAGCGCACAGUCUCCAGCAUCAAUCCCGGAGAAUAACAUGGCACUGACAACCACAUAACACCGUUUUUCCCUCCGCAACGUUCCCGCAGGAGCGGAGCGCAUCGCUGAUAGGAAUGUGACGCGCGUCCCUCCGCAGCAGGAUGUUUGGGAAGAAGAAGAAGCGUCUGGAGAUCUCGGCUCCGUCUAACUUCGAGCACCGCGUCCACACCGGCUUCGACCCGCAGCAGCAGAAGUUCACCGGUCUGCCGCAGCAAUGGCACAGUCUCCUGGCCGACACGGCCAACCGGCCCAAGCCCAUGGUGGACCCCUCCUACAUCACCCCCAUGAAGAUAUCUCCCAAGAAAGUCCGGUUGGCAGAAUCGCCGUUGCGAAAAACCAUCGUCCGCGGGAGCCGGCCGCCCAAGGACACCUCCAUCAACGGCCUGCUGGAGGAGUUUGACAGCAUCUCCGUCACCCGCUCCAACUCUCUGAGGAAAGAGAGUCCACCUGGAGCCCAUCAGUCCAGCGGGAGUAAGCCAUCAUCUGCGUCCACGUCCAACGCCGGCGGACCAGAGGAGAACGGCUUCGGACACUAUUACGGCCGCUUCUCCUGCGACCUGGACAGCAGUAAAGACUUCUCUCUAGAGGCGUACCGUGACCGAGGUGGCCAUGACAGUGAGAUGGCGGUCGGACGGCACUACCGCUUCUCUCUCAGACAGAACGGCCAUCCCAUCCGCAGCCCCUUCUAUCCCGACGCCAUGCCGCAGAAGUCCUCGGACUACGCCAAGAUGCCACCGGACUACCACGCUUACCUGGAGAGCAAGAUGCGGCUGUCCACCGCUGAGAUGGCCAUGGGCGGCCGCAGGGACUACUACCGCGCCUCUCUGGGCGGAUCCAGUCAGGACUAUCGGGAGCAUCCGCUGGGAACGCCGUCGCGUGUCUCCGUCCACAGCGGACAGAUGAACUAUCCCGACGGAGACUGGGGAUACGGAGCUGGACUGAGAGAGGACUAUGACAAGAGACCCAAGUCCUCUUACAUCAGUCAGACGAGCCCCCAGCCGGCCAUCCGUCAGCGCUCUCGCUCGGGGUCAGGCCUGCAGGAGCCCAGCCAACCCUACGGCAUCAGUGCAUUUAAAGCUGCGCCGCAGGGGCCGUACAGCUCGUACACGUACCCCAGACUGUCCGAGAACACGUCUUCACUCGUCAUGGGCAAGGGCGAGUACGAGCGCGGGGCCCGUGAUGGGGGUCUGAAGGGGCCGGGGCCCGAGACGUAUCAGCGCGUUCCCUUCAAACUACCUCAGAGCCACGGCAAACCCUGUUACCCGUCCGGUCUCCAGUACCACUACCGCCCGCCCCAGCCCAGCCCCCCCUACACCCCCCAGGGAGCACACUCACAGCCCUCCUCGCCCUUCAUCCCGGGGCCCGGGGCCUAUCCUCCGCCCAGCUGGGGCUCGUCCUCCGAGCAGCCCCCCUGCAGGGUGUCCCACGAACAGUUCCGCGCCGCGCUGCAGCUGGUGGUGAACCCCGGCGACCCGCGCGAGUAUCUGGACAACUUCCUGAAGAUCGGCGAGGGAUCCACGGGCAUCGUGUGCAUCGCCACCGAGAAGCACAGCGGCAAACAGGUGGCUGUGAAGAAGAUGGACCUGAGGAAACAGCAGCGGAGGGAACUUCUGUUCAACGAGGUGGUCAUCAUGAGAGACUACCAUCACGAGAACGUGGUGGACAUGUACAACAGUUAUCUGGUCAGUGAUGAACUCUGGGUAGUGAUGGAGUUCCUGGAGGGCGGAGCCUUGACUGACAUCGUCACUCACACCAGGAUGAACGAGGAGCAGAUCGCCACAGUCUGUCUGUCGGUGCUGAAGGCUCUGUCGUAUCUGCACACACAGGGCGUCAUACACCGAGACAUCAAGAGCGACUCCAUCCUGCUGACCAGCGACGGACGGAUCAAGCUCUCGGAUUUCGGCUUCUGUGCUCAAGUGUCCAAAGAGGUCCCCAAGAGGAAGUCUCUGGUGGGAACGCCGUACUGGAUGGCACCGGAGGUCAUCUCCAGACUUCCCUACGGCACUGAGGUGGACAUCUGGUCUCUGGGCAUCAUGGUGAUCGAGAUGGUGGACGGAGAGCCGCCGUACUUCAACGAGCCGCCGCUGCAGGCCAUGAGACGGAUACGAGACAACCUGCCUCCGCAGAUCAAGGACUCGCACAAGGUGUCGUCGGUUCUGCGGUCGUUCCUGGACCUGAUGCUGGUGCGAGAGCCGUCCCAGCGAGCCUCGGCCCCGGAGCUGCUGCAGAACUCUUUCCUGAAGCUGUCGGGCCCCCCGUCCUGCAUCGUUCCUCUGAUGCGGCACUACCGCUGACCGCUCGGACCACUACUGCUGACCGCUGGGACCACUGACCGCUGACCGCUGGGACCACUGACCGCUGACCGCUCGGACCACUGACCGCUCGGACCACUGACCGCUGACCGCUCGGACCACUGACCGCUCGGACCACUGACCGCUCGGCCCACUGACCGCUCGGCCCACUGACCGCUCGGACCACUGACCGCUCGGACCACUGACCGCUGACUGCUCGGACCACUGACGGCUGACGGCUCUCACUCUCGUCUUCUCACGCUAACUAUUUUAGAGCAAUUGUAAGUUUAAUUGUACAGUUUUGAUAAACGGCAGUAUUUUUGUUGUGAUGUCACCAUGGUGUAAUGGGCAGUAUUACCUAGAACCCGAGAGUUCCUGCUGAAUAACACUAACAAUAAACUUUCCUACUGUUUAUAUUGCUUUUUUUUUUAAGAUGGCUGUUGCAGACAGAUGAAUCGAAUAUAUUUAUUUCUUCUACGUUUGUAGGUCGCGCCAGAGUUUUCUACACUGGUUUCUUUCUGGUUUUCAGUAGUGUGGCCUGUUCAGGUCGUUCUCUAGCAAUAUUGGGCACAAUCCUGGCGUGUGUUCUCGUGGCGUCUCACCUGUGUCUCACUGUGAUCUGGAAGUGUGUGUUUCUGUAGGACUCUUCAGAUCCGCUGUCGCGUGGCUUUUGUACCGUGAUCCUGCAUGUGUGUCACAAGAGCUGCUUUCAAUAAAAAACACAAACGCA